AUGAUCUGUUACCCUACCGACCACUGCCCUACCCCCCACUGCCCUACCCCCCACUGCCCUACCGACCACUGCCCUACCGACCACUGCCCUACCCCCACUGCCCUACCGACCACUGCCCUACCCCCCACUGCCCUACCCUACACUGCCCUACCCCACACUGCCCUACCCCCACUGCCCUACCCCCACUGCCCUACCCCACACUGCCCUACCCCCCACUGCCCUACCGACCACUGCCCUACCCCCCAUUGCCCUACCCCCACUGCCCUACCCCCCACUGCCCUACCCCCCCACUACCCUACCGACAACUGCCCUACCCCCACUGCCCUACCCCCACUGCCCUACCCCACACUGCCCUACCCCCACUGCCCUACCCCCCACUGCCCUACCCCCACUGCCCUACCGACCACUGCCCUACCCCCACUGCCCUACUCCACACUGCCCUACCCCCCACUGCCCUACUCCACACUGCCCUACCCCCACUGCCCUACCCCCACUGCCCUACCCCACACUGCCCUACUCCACACUGCCCUACCCCCACUGCCCUACUCCACACUGCCCUACCCCCACUGCCCCCCCCACUGCCCUACCCCCCACUGCCCUACUCCACACUGCCCUACCCCCACUGCCCUACUCCACACUGCCCUACCCCCCACUGCCCUACCCCCCACUGCCCUACCCCACACUGCCCUACCCCCCACUGCCCUACCCCACACUGCCCUACCCCCACUGCCCUACCCCACACUGCCCUCCUCCACACUGCCCUACCCCCCACCCACCGCCCUACCCCCCACCCACUGCUCUACCCCCACUGCCCUACCCCACACUGCCCUACUCCACACUGCCCUACCCCCACUGCCCUACACCCCACUGCCCUACUCCACACUGCCCUACCCCCACCCACUGCCCUACUACACACUGCCCUACCCCCACCCACUGCCCUACCCCCACUGCCCUACCCCCACCCACUGCCCUACCCCUCAAUGCCCUACCCCCACUGCCCUACUCCACACUGCCCUACCCCCCACCCACUGCCCUACUCCACACUGCCCUACCCCCACCCACUGCCCUACCCCCACUGCCCUACCCCCACCCACUGCCCUACCCCCAAUGCCCUACCCCUCACUUCCCUACCCCCACUGCCCUACCCCCCACCCACUGCCCUACCCCCCAAUGCCCUACUCCCCACUGCCCUACCCCCCACUGCCCUACCCCCCACCCACUGCCAUACCCCCCAAUGCCCUACCCCCACUGCCCUACCCUUCACUGCCCUACCCCCCACUGCCCUACUCCACACUGCCCUACCCCCACUGCCCUACUCCACACUGCCCUACCCCCCACUGCCCUACUCCUCACUGCCCUACCCCUCACUGCCCUACCCCCACUGCCCUACCCCCCACCCACUGCCCUACCCCACACUGCCCUACUCCACACUGCCCUACCCCCCACCCACUGCCCUACCCCUCACUGCCCUACCCCCCACUGCCCUACGCCACACUGCCCUACCCCCACCCACUGCCCUACCCCCACUGCCCUACCCCCACCCACUGCCCUACCCCCACUGCCCUACUCCACACUGACCUACCCCCACUGCCCUACCCCCCACCCACUGCCCUACCCCACACUGCCCUACCCCCACCCACUGCCCUACCCCACACUGCCCUACUCCCCACUGCCCUACCUCCUACCCCCCUUGUGGAGAUCUGA